AUGCCACACGUGUCACAAAUUGACAUUUUGGAAAUAUUAAAUGGUAUUUCAGACCAGCGGGCAUUUGAUUCAGACUUUGGAGGCGACAGUGAUGCCGAAGAUGUGCUUUGUGUUUCAAGUGCAAGUAAUACACCAACUAGUACAACCAGAGGUAGUAAAAGAAAAAAUGCAUUUAAUGGUGGUCCUUCUACAAGCCCUCUCUCAUCUUCCUCAUGUAAUAUUAAUUCACAUGAUGACUCUAAUUUAUCAACCAUUUCUUCAGAAGUGCCUAAAUUAUCAAGACUUAGAUCCAGGAAAUUAAAAUCUGCAAUUAAUAGCAAUGCCCUACAAAGCUCAUCUGGCUCUGAAGUUGAUGACAGUGAUUUUGAUCCUUCAUAUGAACCGAUUCCACAUAUAGAUACAAAUGAUAAUAUAUUAGCAGAAAAUAGUGACAAUGAGAAUAAUAUGUUAAAUAUAUCUGAACCAUUAAAUAUAGAAAAUAUGGACCUCUUAGUUGAUUUUAUUGAAAAUUCAGAUGAUGAUUCUAAUUAUAUAGAAGAUAAUAAUGAAAAUAACAUAUUAUUUAGUUUUUCAAAAGACCAACCUCUUACAUCAUUAUCUUAUGACUCAUUUGAUUUUAAUGAAUUUUAUGGACCUAAUGUGUUAGUAGACAUUAAAUCACCAAUGCAAAACUUUGAUAUAUAUUUUUCUGAUUUUUAUCAAUAUAUUGUUGACCAAUCUAACUUGUACUCAAACCAAUGUGGCAAAAAUUUAAAUUUAUCUAUUAUUGAAUUUAAAGCUUUUUUGGGUAUUCUUAUAAUAAUGGGGUUUCAUAGAUUACUAAGUUUACGCCUUUAUUGGAGUGCAAAUGAAAAUUUUUAUAAUCACCGAAUAUCAAACAUUAUGACCCAAAAAAGAUUUUUAAAUAUAUUACGAUAUUUACACUUAAAUGAUAAUAGUAAAAUGCCUAAAAGGGAAAGUUCUACAUUUGAUAAAUUGUACAAAAUUCGUCCAAUGAUAGACCAUUUAAAUAAUGUUUAUUGUACAAGUUUUUCUCCUGAUAGGAAUUUAAGUUGUGAUGAGAGUAUGGUUGGAUUUAAAGGGCGGUCUGGAAUUAAGCAAUAUAUGCCAAUGAAACCAGUAAAAAGAGGAUUUAAGAUAUGGGCUAUAUGUUGUGCAAUAACUGGUUACUUACUUAAAUUUAUUAUAUAUGAAGGAAAAAAAGAUUCUAAGGAAAAAGGAUCUCUAGGUGAAAAGACAGUACUGGAAAUGACUAAUAACUAUCAAGAUAAAGGAUAUUGUGUAUUUUUUGACAGAUUUUUUUCCAGCAUAAAUCUUGUUUCAGAAUUACUAAAAAGAAAAAUAUUUGCUUGUGGAACUAUGUUACAAAAUAGAAAAUAUUUUCCUAAAACUUUAUUAAAAGCAGAUAAAUCUCUUAGUAUGGGUGAUUAUGAUUUUGCUUCAUCAGGAGAAAUUUCAGUAUAUAAGUGGAUGGACAGAGGGAAAAAACCUGUAGUUGUAGUAUCAUCUAUUCAUAAGGGAGAAGAUAUUACAGUGGUUAAGAGAAAAAAUAAUGUUGGUAUUAGAGAAGAUGUUAAAUGUCCUAAAAGUAUUGCUGACUAUAAUAAGUAUAUGGGCGGAGUUGAUCAUUUUGAUCAACUACUAGAAUGCUACAAUAUAACUUGGAAGUCUCGAAGAUGGUGGAUGAAGCUCUUUUAUUAUUUUUGUGAUGCCACUAUUGUUAAUUCAUAUAUAAUGUAUACUACAACUGUUAAACUAACCUCAAACAGAGAGAAACCUUUGACUCAUUUAAUGUAUCGUUCUUUAUUAGCUGAUGAGUUAAUUGGGCAAUUUUGUAACAGAAAAGCUUUUUUACCUAAAAAAGUUAUCCCUUCAACUAAAAGAAAGCCCACAGAUGUUGGAAGGGGCCGUAUUAUAUUAGCAGGAAAUAAUAGCAGACUCCAAAAUGUGGGUAAUCACAUGCCUAUUGCUGGAAAAUAUAAUCGCUGUAGGCUUUGUAGUACUAAAAAAAAUGUCAAAAGAUCAAAAAUCCACUGCCAGGAAUGUGAGGUUGCUCUUUGCUUGGAUUGUUUUUUGCCUUUUCAUUCACAAUAA